AUGGACAUAGAAGAUUCCAACCACAGCUUCAUGGAUGGAGCUCAACUUGCAGCUCAGCGUCUGGGCAAGACUGCUUGGGAGAACCCCCUGCUUACUGCGGCCACGGUAGUCACCGGAACUGGGCUCCUUGUUGUUGCUGCUCCUGCAAUUCUCACGGCUCCGGCCAUGGGCCUUGCUGGAGCGGCAGGCUUUACGCCAGCAGGGAUAGCUGCUUCCUCUGCUGCGUCGGCCAUGCAUGCGGGCAUUGGCAACGUUGCCGUCGGGAGUAUUUUUGCCACAUUGCAGAGCGCUGCCACUGGAGGAUACGGGGUAGCGGUGCUGACGGGCGCUGCUCAGACCGCUGGAGGCGCUGUAGCCGGUGUUGGCGGUCUUGGUGGGAUCGUGACUUAUCUGAAGGGCAAGCCGCAGCCAGAAUCGACGGAUAAGGAGAAGAACGAGUAG